AUGCCUUCCAUGGGUAACUCAAAGCCAGUGGCGGAGUUGCCACGGUUCCUGCUCCCACGACUGAGCUGGACCACCACUUCUUUUGCUCAAGUUCCUGCACAACCAGUCCCCCUCCGCUCUCUACAGAGGAGAAGUGCAAUUCCCACCUUUAAACCAGCGUCACCAGUUCGGCGAAUUCAUACAAUUCAUACCGGGCCUUCAACAACCUUCGCGACUACAAAAUCCUCUCGGACGCAUGCACAACGGCGACCGAAAACCUAUCUACAGCCUCUUCCAGCAGAUGCCGUUCCUGUUCGACACAACGGAGUCUACGUUGCGGUUUUCAGACCUGCCCGCAAGGCUUUCUCAACCACAGCAGUCCUUAGGAAAGAUCACCAUUUUGACACGUUAAAGUUCGUGGCAAGAUUAAAGGGCGAAGGAUUCAGCGAGGCGCAAGCGGUGGCCAUGAUGCGUGUGCUAAACGAUGUCAUCGAAGAAUCAAUCCAAAACCUUACGCGAACGAUGGUCUUGAAAGAAGAUGCCGAGCGAAGCACAUACACUCAAAAGGUUGACUUUGCCAAGUUGAGGAGUGAAUUGGCCAAUGCGGAUAGCACGGAAUCUCAAUUAACCAGAACGAGUCAUGAUCGACUAUCGAGUGACCUGGCCAAACUGAGCUCGAGGCUACGCGACGAGAUUGGUCGAACCCAAGCCAGUGUACGCCUGGAUCUGAAUUUGGAGAAGGGUAGGAUAAGAGAAGAAGCGAAUGGCCAAGAGAUGCGCAUCAAAGAGACCGAGGCUCGUAUCGAGCAAGAAGUUGCGAGUUUAAGAGAACGAGUUGAAGCUGUCAAGUUCUCGACUUUGCAAUGGUUGAUGGGCGUAUGCACAGGUACAGCCGCGCUGAUUCUCGGUGCCUGGCGCUUGUUGAUGUGA